AUGUACCCGUAUGGUGUAUCCAAUACGGCAAUACGGCUAUACGGCUAUACGGCCACACAUCCCCCCCGCCAAGCACUCCGCCAAGCGAUACACCGUCGCACACGCGGAGGAAGCCAUUCCAAUAUCCGCUGCUUGGCCAGCCGCGGACCUGCCCCUGGCCGCUGCUGGAUCGCAGAUGCGUCGCAACUCUCUGCGACCGUCUGCCUCUACGCUGGCUGUCUGCGCCAGGGCCGCGUCGUCAGUCCGUGGUGUGAUUCGAUAUGCAAGCAUACCGUCUACGCCUCUCUCCUUUCCAUGCUGUAUGAUGCUGGUGGUGAAUGCCGUGACGAUGGCCGUGACGAUGGCCAUGACGAUGGCGAUGAUGACUAUAAUGACGAUAAUGACGAUAAUGACGAUACCAUACCACAAUUGGCCGGCGAUGCAGCGGAAAUGUCGAUCGUCGGCACUAGCAGCCGAUCAUUGGUAUUUUUCUUGUCUUGUCUUGCUGUUUCUCCACAUAUUAUCGAUUUGGUAACUGAUCGAUGGUGA